AUGGGCAAACCUCGAAGGUUGCAGGUUUUUGACUUUUCUUUUCUCUUCUUUUGUUUUCUCUCUUCAUUAUCCAUAUCUUCUUUCGCAUUGUCUGAUGCUGAAGCAUCAUACCUCAGUCAACGUCAACUCUUAACCCUCCCUGAAAAUGGUGAACUUCCUGAUGGUUUUGAGUUUCAAGUUCAAAUAAACUUAAAAUUUGAUAAUUCUAGGCUGAGGAGGGCUUACAUUGCCCUCCAAGCCUGGAAAAAGGCAAUGUAUUCUGAUCCGAAGAACAUAACCAACAAUUGGGUUGGUCCUAAUGUAUGUGGCUACUCCGGUGUCUUUUGCGCUCAAGCAUUGGAUGACCCAAAAAUAAAUGUUGUUGCUGGUGUUGAUCUUAAUCAUGCUGACAUUGCCGGAUACCUUCCGGCAGAGCUGGGGUUGAUGACCGAUCUUGCAUUGUUCCACAUAAAUUCCAACAGAUUUUGUGGGAUUAUACCCAAGAGCUUCUCUGAGCUUACGCUUAUGCAUGAGUUUGAUGUUAGCAACAAUCGGUUCGUCGGCCCUUUCCCGGAUGUUACAUUAUCCUGGUCGAGUGUCAGGUACAUCGACAUCAGAUUCAACAAUUUUGAAGGCCAAAUACCGCCUGAGCUUUUCGAAAUGAAACUCGACGCAUUGUUCUUAAAUAACAACAGGUUCACUUCGACCAUUUCCGAAACAAUCGGCCAAUCCACAGUCUCUGUGGUGACAUUUGCCAACAACAAAUUCAAAGGUUGUAUUCCACGUAGCAUUGGCAAAAUGGAGAACUUGGAUGAGAUUAUUUUCAUGAACAAUGACCUGGGCGGUUGCUUCCCACCGGAAGUUGGUUCGCUUAAGAACCUGACUGUGUUCGACGCCAGCCUUAACUCAUUCGUCGGUGCUUUGCCACAAGAGUUUUCAAACUUGAUAGGGGUUAAUGUUUUGGACAUUUCCCAUAACAAGUUGACAGGUGUUUUGCCUGAGAAUAUUUGUAAGUUGCCAAGCUUGUCUAAUUUCUCAUUCUCUCAAAACUACUUUAAUGGAGCGGCCAAUGCUUGUGUACCAACUUUGAGGAAAGACAUCGUAUUGGAUGACACUGGCAAUUGUUUGGGUGAUAGGCCGAAGCAGAAGUUAGGCAAUGAAUGCGAAGCUGUUUUGAGCCAUCCAAUUGAUUGUAGUAAAGACAAAUGUGGUGGUGGCUCUUCACCUAAGCCACCCGUCAAAGCUGCUCCAAAGCCACAGCCAAAACCUCCCGUUCACUCACCACCACAACAAGUUCUCUCCCCUCCACCACCUGUCUACUCUCCACCUCCACCAGUUCUCUCCCCUCCACCACCCGUCUACUCACCACCACCACAACCAGUUCGCUCCCCUCCACCUCCACCAGUUCAAUCACCACCACCACCACCACCCCAACCAGUUCUCUCCCCUCCACCACCCGUCUACUCUCCACCUCCACCAGUUCAAUCUCCACCACCACCAGUUCUCUCCCCUCCACCACCCGUCUCCUUUCCACCUCCACCAGUUCAAUCUCCACCACCACCAGUUCUAUCCCCUCCACCACCCGUCUCCUUCCCACCUCCACCAGUUCUGUCCCCUCCACCACCCGUCUCCUUCCCACCUCCACCAGUUCAAUCUCCACCACCACCAGUUCUAUCCCCUCCACCACCCGUCUCCUUCCCACCUCCACCAGUUCAAUCUCCACCACCACCAACUUCACCUCCAGUUGUUGCUUUGACACCGCCACCUACAAAAAAAGUAGUCCUCCCUCCAAACUUGGGAUUCCAAUACUCAUCGCCACCUCCACCAAUGUUCCCAGGCUACUGAGUACUACAUCCUUGAUAAUGUAAAAGAAAAUGAAAGAAAAGAAAAGAAAAUUGCGCAUGCAUUUCAUUCCCAAUACAAUUGUAACAUAAUUGGUAGAGAGGUCACUUAUAUGUAUUUAAUGCCAUACUUAGGGUAUGCCAUAUUACAAUAAUAUGAAAUCAAAUGUUUCACCAUAUAA